AUGGCCGCCAAGCUCGCUCUCAAGCUUUCCAACCGGUCGCCGAGGCAGCCCAUCAAGAAGCUCCCGGCUUCCAUUGAGCUCCCCGCCGAUGCCACGGUGGAGGACGCGAAGCAGGCCGUUGCCCGCCAGUCCGGUAUCGACGACUUCAACCGCAUUGGUCUCUUCGACCCCGAGACCAAGAAGAUUCUCAAGAACCGCAAGGCUCUUGUCCGCGAUGAGGCCGGUGUUGUCAAGGCCGGCGAGCUCGUCGUCAAGGACCUUGGCCCCCAGAUCGCCUGGCGCACCGUCUUCGUGAUCGAGUACUUCGGCCCCAUCCUCUUCCACGUCCUCGUCCCUCUGCUCCGCCCCUACAUCUACAGCUUCGGCUCGUGGGCCUACAAGAACGAGACCGAGACGCCCAUGUCCAAGGUCCAGUGGCUCCUGUUCGCCCUCUUCAACCUCCACUUCCUCAAGCGCGAGUACGAGACCUUGUUCGUCCACAAGUUCUCGGCCAACACCAUGCCCGCCUUCAACAUCUUCCGCAACUCUGCCUUCUACUGGCUCCUCGCCGGCCUCAUGUGCUCCCUCGACAUCUACCGCCCCGGUUCUUCCUCCGACCGCAACGAGCUUGUUCUUCUUGACUACUUCGGCAUUGGCCUCUUCGCCGUCUGCGAGGUCUGCAACUGGAUCGUCCACCAGCAUUUGGCCAGCCUCCGCAAGCCCGGCGGCACUGAGCGUGGUAUCCCCAACACCAUUGGUAGCAACCUGGUUACCAGCCCCAACUACAUGUUCGAGGUCCUUGCUUGGGUUGGUGUCAUCUUGAUCAGCCGCAGCUUUGCUGUUGUCAUCUUCAUUGCUACCGGUACUUUCUACAUGCGCAGCUGGUCCCGCGGCAAGGAGAGGGCUCUUCGCAAGGAGUUCGGUGACCGCUACAAGGCCAAGCGCUACACCAUGCUUCCCGGUCUUAUCUAA